AUGUCCGAGAAGGCCCAGAACCCCAUGCGCGAGCUGCACAUCCGCAAGCUCGUGCUCAACAUUUCCGUCGGCGAGUCUGGUGACAGACUUACCCGUGCCGCCAAGGUUUUGGAGCAGCUUUCCGGUCAGACUCCUGUGUACAGCAAGGCCCGUUACACCGUCCGUACCUUCGGUAUCCGCCGUAACGAAAAGAUUGCUGUUCACGUCACCGUCCGUGGCCCCAAGGCUGAGGAGAUUCUUGAGCGUGGCCUCAAGGUCAAGGAGUACGAGCUGCGCAAGCGCAACUUCUCCGAGACUGGCAACUUCGGCUUCGGUAUCAGCGAGCACAUCGAUCUUGGUAUCAAGUACGACCCCUCCAUCGGUAUCUACGGCAUGGACUUCUACGUCUGCAUGACCCGCAAGGGUGAGCGCGUCGCCACCCGCCGCCGCUGCAAGGGCCGCAUCGGCUCUGGCCACAAGAUCAAGCGCGAGGAGACCGUCAAGUGGUUCAAGCAGCGCUUCGACGGCAUUGUCCGAUAA